AUGAAUGAUUCGUGCUCUUUGGGAAAUAAUUUAGUACAAUUACUGAUAUGCCAGUUCAGUGGAAAAUUGGAUAGCAUAAAUUCUGCAUUUUUAUGAGGAAAUAAUAAUUAUAAUGGAACCCAUUCCAGAAAUUACAGGAGAGAUGGUCUUCAAUCUGAAUAUUUAAGCACUCCUAUGGGAUUUAGAACAGAAGAACAUCAAGAAGAACAUGAUAUAUUGAAGCUAAAUCAGAGGAAGUCGGGAAGUAAUUCAAAGAUUGGUGUGGGGAUCACCCAAAUUUCUAAUCAGAGUUGUAAAAAUAGUUCUAAAAUAUGACCUCCGGACAACAAACAAGAACUUGAACUAUCAUCAGAAGAAAGCAUUUUUGAAAGAGAGUAUGAGGAAAAGCUAGACAUCCCAAAGCCAAAUUUUCGGAAAUAUUCAGAUACCACGAUUACGAUCAAUAAACUGACAACACUGACAAAGCCUAAGAGUAUUGACAAGAAGAGGUGCAUUAGGACAAAGCCGAGAUCAUCAUUAGCUCUAAACUCCUUUAAAUCAAAAUCCAAAUUGAACUAUGUGAAAAAGACUUUAACUCUCCUCAAGAUGAAUUUGGCCAGAAGGCUAGGCGCCACUCCAGAAAUGAUGCAGAGAAUUGACAAAGAACCACCCCUUCUGGCCAGGCCUGAGAAAGCAAAGAUAAGGCGAUGUAAUAGUUUUAUGGACUAUAAUGAAGCAAAAUCCAACAAAGACCUUGGAGUAAAUUCUUCCCAAGAAAUUACAGCGAAGAAGUGUCGGCAUAAGUUCCCUCAUAUCGGCCGAAAGGGAGCGAAAUUAAAGAUUUUGAAAAAUCAGAAAACCGUCAAGUUUGGGAAACAGUCUCAGAACUAUUCAGGGUUGGAUAAUACCCCAACAUUUCCUCCAGAUCAUAAGAAAGAGAAGAAUUCUGUACCUCAAAAAUAGAGAUUCAAAUCCCCAAGCUGCUCCCAGAACAUCCCUCCCCAAUAACCCACAGCUAAAAAGAAGAAGCGAUGAUUCUCUUAGAACCCAAAUUAUCUCCCGUCCUUCAAUUUCAACAUCCAAAAAGCUCCUCCUCAAACACAAACGCAGUCGCAUAAUCCAACUACGCAAAUCCCUAAAAUCCCUGACGCCAAAAUCCCCCUCCCAGGCACCCAAUCCCCCAUAACACCUAAAUACCUCC